AUGGGGAUUUCCAAAGUGAUCGUGUUGGCAGGUUUCCUCGUCACAGCCCUUGAAGUUGUCGAUGCUGUACCUGCACUCCAUGUGAAGCGAGCCGAGGCCGUGGUGCAGGGCAAGUUGGGAACAGAUGGGUACUGGAAUGACUAUGACGGUGGAUCAAAUCACUAUACCCAAUAUGAAGGCAAUGGUUCCGUGGCCGCCGGAUGGCCGUCAGAUCUGACCUGGGUCUCAUUCAACGAUCUGUGGGUUGCCAAUCAACAUACCAUCAGCCGCAGUUGUGACAUUCUAUACGGCGUACCGAACAAUUCGGACCAAGAGACCCAGGAUCUCUACGAUGCAAUCAAGCAAGUGGCCCAUCAGACACGGGUGGACCACCGCUUCAUUCUCGCGGCUAUACUACAGGAAACCAAGGGGUGUGUCCGGGCAAAGACGAGCGUGUCGCCGGAUGGGAUCAAGAAUCCUGGUCUCCUGCAGUCGUUCAAGGGUACGCAUACGUGUAAUGACGAGAAUGGCAAGGUCAAGAACCCGUGUCCUAAAGACGAGAUUGUGGGCAUGAUAUCUGAUGGAGUUGCCGGUACGCCUGAUGGGCACGGGUUUGCGACCGAUAUCAACGCUCAAAGCGAUGUCGAUGGCAUCGAUUACGCCGAGGCAUAUUACCGAGCUGCGAGAUUGUACAACUCUGGCGCUAUUGAUGAAUCGGGCGAUUUGGGCAAGGGCUCGGCGACGCAUUGCUAUGCUAGUGAUAUUGCGAAUCGGCUGGUGGGCUGGACGGAUAGCGAGUCGACUUGUACGAUGGACGACAAGUAG